AUGAUUACAAGAUCAUCCCACAGUACUUCAUCAGAACUACUUCCAAAUAUUCAACUAACGGAAACUGAAUCUAAAAUCUGUAAUCUUUUAAAAGAUUACGUUCACUAUUAUAAUAGUACGUCUGCUUAUGAUCCUUCGAUUGAUCCUCUGACUUUGCGGAUUACUGGUGGUUGGGUACGUGACAAGCUAUUAGGUCAAGGUUCUCACGAUUUAGAUAUAGCGAUAAAUAUUAUGACGGGUGAAGAGUUUGCUCGUGGAUUAAACGAAUAUUUAUUGGAAAAUUACGGUAAAUAUGGGAUUAAACCUCAUUCGAUUCAUAAGAUAGAUAAAAAUCCGGAAAAAUCCAAACAUUUAGAGACAGCUACUACCAAACUGUUUGGUGUAGAGAUCGACUUCGUUAAUUUAAGAUCAGAAGAAUAUACGGAAACUUCAAGAAUUCCAAUUGUAAACUUUGGUACUCCAGAACAAGACGCUUUGAGAAGAGAUGCGACAUUGAACGCCCUAUUUUAUAACAUUGCUAGUGAUCAAAUUGAAGAUUAUACACAUCGUGGUUUAAAGGAUUUGAAAGAAGGUGUCUUGAAGACACCAUUACCACCAAGACAAACUUUCUUAGACGAUCCAUUAAGAGUGCUAAGAUUAAUCAGAUUUGCGUCCAGAUUCAAUUUUAAAAUUGAUAAUGAGGUUCUUUUCGAAAUGAAUGAUCCCGAAAUCAAUCUUUCUUUCAAUUCCAAAAUCUCUAGAGAGAGAAUAGGUGUAGAAAUGGAAAAGAUUCUAAACGGAUCAAACCCACUCAUUGCAUUAAAAUUGAUUCAAAUAUCCAAUCUCGAAAAUGUAAUCUUUUUUUGGCAUGGUGAUCAAAGUGUUAUAGAAUUUAAUGAACAGAACAAUUCAGAAUAUCCAAAAAUCAUAAAUAUUUAUAAAAGGAAUGGUCCAAUGAACAGACAACUGUUAACUUUUUUGAAAAACUAUGAUUCAUUAAUCAAUAAUGUAUUCAGACUAAGGACAUUAUUACAAGAAAAUAGGAAUUUUUGCCAAAAUUUCAUCUUAGCUUCAACUCUUAUUCCCGCCUCAAACCUAAAAAUUAUUUCAUUGCCUAAAAAGAAGAUGAAUAAUACAAUGUCCUUAGUGGAAAGUGUGGUAAGAGAAGGGCUAAAAUUUAGUAAGAAUGAUGCAGCAAUUGUGUCAAAAUGCGUGGAUUCAAUCCAAAAUUACCAACGAAUGAUGAAUAAAUUCUUUUUGAAAGAAAAUUUUUUAAAAAGAUCGGAAUUAGGCACCUUUUUAAGAGACUUUAACGGUACUUGGGAAAUAAUGCAUUUCACUUCCUUGGUGGAUGAAUAUCUCAAGAGUACACAUAACGCAGAAAAUGACCAAAGCGCGGAAUUUAUUUUCAGAAAGUAUGAAUUAUUUUACGAUUAUAUUAUUGACCAAGAUUUGGUUGAUUGCCAUAACCUGAAGCCAUUGCUUGAUGGUAAAAAGUUACUCAAAUCGUUAGAGAUGAAAGCUGGGCCAUGGUUGGGAAAAGCAAAUAGUGAUGCAAUCAUAUGGCAGCUAGAUAACCCUCACGGCUCAAGUGAUGAAUUACUUGCAUAUAUCAAAGAAAAUUUGCCUACUUAUCUUUGA